CGUCGCUACUAUGAAAAUCAGUAAUAUUUAUUUACGUAACUGAGUUAAAUGAAAGAGAAGUAGCAGUGGCGGCCAAUUCGACAGCACGUGCAACAAAAACAACUGAGCGCACGCAGUAGUUGAGGCAUGUACGCACAAUACAAAAGCUAAAUGCACGCAAACAAAAACAACUUGUAGCUUUCUUACCGGCUACAAAUUACAAUCCCCCAUACCAACCAUACAUCUCUCAACUCGCCAAACUUGUGAUGUCGCGUGGGGCGAACGACGUGUUUGGUGUGCUGCGGGGCCUGCAAAUAGUUGCGGAGGCGUGCGGACGCGAACAUCUGGCGCUGACUAAGCACUUGUGGAGCAACUCAAGUAUACGAGAGCUUCUCGUCGAAAAUGUGAAUCAGACAGCAGCCGCAGCACGUACAGCUGGCACACAACCAACGGAGGAACUUAAACGACUGCAACAUUUAUUGCAGGAGACAGGCGAGCGGGGCUACGUUGUGGCGAAAGGAUUGUGUCACCUGUUGGAAACGAAGCUUCCCUCUGAUUUGGCGAUCAUGCAACCAAUCAGUCCGGGUAUUAAUGUGGCUGGGGUCGGCGCUGCAGGUGCGUCAACAGCUGGCCCUGCUGGUGGUGGUAUAGCUCAGAAGAACGUGGCUGGAACCAGGGAAAAUCUGGACGCAGCGAAUUUGGACAUAUCGUCAAUAACGCUGGAGGAAUUCGAGGAAAUAUUGUCGAAACGCAACAAGAAUCGUAGCAUAAGUUUGCGCACACCAGCGACCAAAAGCAAACAGGUGCCAAUUCCACCGCAGCAAUUUGAAGACGCAGCGCCCAACGAGUGGGCGUCCCAGCCCGGUGUUAUCGCUAAAGACACCACGUACGUGGAAAAUAUGUUACACUUUGUCGCCGGCUCUACGCCAAAAACGACUGCAAAUACAGCAGGUUUAGGAACUGAUACGGAAACUGCCACCUCAAGCACCAAGGCCAUCGAACUGCCCGAGCUAAGCAAAGUGGCCAAGCAGCGCCGAGUACCUGCCUCGCGGCUGGGUCGUAUGGCGUCUUUUGGUGGUCUUUUCGCUGGUCUAGGACUGGGCACGCUCAAUGAGCUGACAAAGGGCGCUCUUGGCCUGGGUGGUGCGACCAACAUGCGCGAGGCAUUGCUAAGCCCGGCGAACGCAGAACGUAUUGUGGACACGCUUUGUAAGGUGCGAGGUGCUGCACUCAAGAUUGGCCAGAUUCUUAGCAUUCAGGACUCGAACGUGGUAUCGCCUCAGUUGGCUAAGGCUUUUGAACGUGUUCGCCAGGCUGCCGAUUACAUGCCUGAUUGGCAGGUGGAACGAGUGAUGACCACACAACUGGGUCCCGAUUGGCGGGCGCAGCUGAGUGCCUUCGACAACAAGCCAUUCGCGGCGGCCUCUAUUGGACAGGUGCAUCGAGCCACAAUGCUCGAUGGCAUGGACGUGGCCAUCAAAAUUCAGUAUCCGGGAGUGGCGCAAAGCAUCGAGAGCGACAUUGACAAUCUGGUGGGCAUGCUCAAGGUGUGGGACGUAUUUCCGCAGGGCUUCUUUAUUGACAACGUUGUCCGUGUGGCAAAACGCGAGCUCAUAUGGGAAGUGGACUAUUUGCGUGAGGCGGACUAUACAGAAAAGUUUAGGGAGAUGAUUGAGCCCUACUCCGAGUACUAUGUGCCUAAGGUGGUGCGCCAACUGACUACGUCGAGCGUGCUGACGACAGAGCUGGUGCCAGGCGUGCCGCUAGACAAAUGCUUCGAUCUGAGCUAUGAUCAUCGCGCGCAUAUUGCCGCCUCCGUGCUAAAGCUCUGCUUGCGUGAGCUCUUUGAGAUCGAGUGCAUGCAGACGGAUCCCAAUUGGUCAAAUUUUCUUUACGAUGCACCCAACCGUCGGCUUAUGCUUAUCGAUUUCGGUUCGACGCGGUUCUACAAACAUGAGUUCAUUAAGAACUAUCGACAGGUGAUUAUCAGCGCCGCCCAAAACAACCGCCAAGGCGUGUUGGACAUGUCCCGCGAAAUGGGAUUCCUUACAGGGUAUGAGACCAAGCAAAUGGAGCAGGCGCAUGUCGACGCAGUUAUGAUAUUGGGCGAGAUAUUUCGCUAUGAUGGUGAGUUCGAUUUUGGGAAACAAAACACCACAGAGCGCCUUGCGGCGUUGGUGCCCACUAUGGUAGCGCAUCGCCUUUGCCCGCCACCCGAGGAGAUUUACUCGAUACAUCGCAAGCUGUCUGGAAUAUUUCUACUGUGUGCGCGAUUAAAUGUGCGCAUGAAUUGUCGGCCCUUCUACGAGGAAAUUAUUAUUCGCAAAUUCAAAGACUAACAAAUGAAACCCAAGGUCUUGUAGAACCUAAUUUUAAUAUUUAAAUUUUCAAAUAUCUGCAAGAAUGUUAUACUUUCGCUUAAAAGUUCAAUUCAAUGUUCCAACAUAUUAAGAGAAUCAGCUUAUAGUAUAGUACAAAAAUACGCUCGACAAAGCCUUAAAUACCUGUAAUGAAAACGACUUCUCACAAAAAUAGUUUUGUCUUAGCAUCAUAAGAAAGUAUGCUCUGAUCUUCAUGUAAGUUCAUGUAAGUUUUGAACAAGAAACAUAUAUUACACAGUAUGGACUCUUUUGGGAAAACUAAAGAGUCCAUUCUCAAGCCAUG